GUCUAAAUAAUGAGAUUUAGAUGAUAGGUUCUGGGUUGUCUUGACAGCUGUUGUUCUUGUCGUUUGGCACCUCCAGGCUUGGCCUCUUGGCUUCUCCUGGUCGCGCUCUCCGGUUGUCUCUGGCACGUGAGCUUCUCCACACCGGUAGGGGUGCGUAAUCGACCAGUAACGGAGACCUGCGUCAUUAAAGCGCGGGCACUUCUUAAGAACAUAAGACUGGCGCUCGCCAUGGAAAAAAUGUUCAUAGGAAUCAACUGCUCUGAGCAGAAGUCGACCCUGGACUCAGGGACACGGACGGCAUCGGUGUGUGUACCGGAGAGCUGCUCCGGCGGCGCCAGGGCGGAGUUUGACGAGCUGUUAUGCCAGGAGAGCAUCGCGGAGGAUCUGCGCUUCUACCACACUGUCCUCUCGGCCCAGCCGCUGGGCCUGCUCGCAACCACCGUCCUGCACGCGCCCAGGGAGCUGCUGACGGCCUGCUUCCCCAGCUCUCUGCAGGAGAGCCCUCUGACAUCACAGGCCCCCCCAGGUGGUGAGAGCAGCUUCGACCAGCGUCUGAGCUUGUGCAAGGUGCUGAAGGGUCUCCAGGCUCGCAGCCUCACCAUCAACAGAGCCCUCAGCCACCUCCACGCUGAAGACCACAGGAAGGGACCAAGCAGGAAGUGA